GGCCGUGCGCGCUGCCCCGGAAGCGCUCCCGCCGCGCCGCCUGCGGGAACAUGGCCGAGUCGGCGGAGGAGGUGGCGGUGCUGGUGCAGCGGGUGGUGAAGGACAUCCGCAACGCCUUCCAGCGGAACCCACACAUAGAUGAAAUUGGAUUAAUACCCUGCCCUGAGGCCAGAUAUAACCGGAGCCCUAUUGUCCUAGUAGAAAACAAGCUUGGUGUGGAGAGCUGGUGUGUGAAGUUUCUUUUGCCGUAUGUCCACAAUAAACUUCUCCUCUACAGACAGAGAAAACAGUGGCUGAACAAGGAUGAGCUGAUAGAUAUCACGUGUACCCUGCUACUGCUGAACCCCGACUUCACCACUGCUUGGAAUGUGAGGAAAGAAUUAAUACUGUCUGGCACUUUAAAUCCACUUAAAGAUUUGCAUCUUGGAAAACUGGCAUUAACCAAGUUUCCAAAGAGUCCAGAAACAUGGAUUCAUAGACGAUGGGUGCUGCAACAACUAAUUCAGGAAAGCUCCUUGCCCAGUCUUGCAACUAAAGGAAACUUGGGAGCAGUGCCUAUGGAGAGGAUUCACCGACUAGUGCAGGAGGAAAUGAAUGUCUGCUCCGAAGCUGCUGGGAGAUAUCCAAGCAACUACAAUGCCUGGUCCCAUCGUAUCUGGGUUUUACAACAUUUGGCAAAACUCACUGUCAAGGUUCUCCUUGAUGAACUUUCAUCCACUAAAUAUUGGGUAUCCAUGCAUGUCUCGGACCAUAGUGGAUUUCAUUACCGCCAGUUCUUACUCAGUUCCUUGAUACGCAGAACAGUGACUGACAAAAACAUACAGGUACAGAAUCAAGUGGUAAAUGAACAAAACCCUAGCCUUCAGAAGGACGAAGAGAGUGCAGGGACAGAAGCUGCAUGUGCAGAGGAGCAAAGCGUGGAUCUUCCCCACUAUUUAGAUGAAGAGAUGGAACUCUGCAGUGAACUGAUUGAUAAUUACCCAGGGCAUGAAACUUUGUGGUGUCAUAGAAGGUGUGUAUUCUACCUUCAGCGGCACUUAAGCAACAAACUUCCUCUCAUGAGUACAGCGGUAUCAUCUGUGGACAGCAGUGAUGAAAGUCUGAGUAAUUCCCAUCACAGUCCUGCAACAAGUCACAUGGCACAAGCUAUGGAUGUUGAUGGUUUGAAUGAAUCCAGCAGCAAACAAGGUUAUACCCAAGAAACAAAACGCCUGAAGCGUGCUCCUGUGCAGGACUCUCUUGGUCCAGAAAUGGAAUAUCGGUUUGUUGAUAAAGUAUUAUCAACUUGUAGGGAUGUGGACCAAGCCAGGUUUGCUACUGCUUAUAGAAAAUGGCUAGUUACUUUUUUAGGUCAGUGAAGGAAAUGUUGAAAGCUUUCAGGGUUCUUCUCUUAGUGCAAUAUUCACUUUUCAGACGCAAAUGCAUGUCUUGGUUGAAAGUGUUAGCUAACUCUGUGUUUCUCUCUCUUUUGAUGGUCAGUCCUAAAGCUAAAUUUCAGAGUAGACAUCUGUCACUUUAUUAAAGAACUGGCAUACAUUUUUAUUAAGCAAAUGAUUUUGUUACUUAAUCUCUCAAAGAAAUCACUCUUACGAGCUUCCUACCAUGUAAUCAUCUUUUUUUUUUAACUUCUGCAUUGAGUUGGUCUCUGAAUCAUUUGACUAUAAAAAAAAAAGAGGUAAAAGAAAAAAGUUUGAAAUGCUUGUGAAACAGAGUUUCUGAAAAAAUGGGAGAAUCUAUCAGUAUCAGCUAAACUUGUUCCCAGUUUGUUCCUCCAUGGCAUCAUGCUAAUACCUUAUUGGAUCCAGACUAUAUUUGAUGAGUGCUAUUUUUUUUUUAUAGCAGUCUUUGGUAGAGCACCAUAAUACAGUGUUUCUGAGGGCUUCAGUAACAGUUUUGGAACUGUGAUACCUUUUACUGUUUUGGUUUUUGUUUGCUUAUUAAUUGUCAUGUUAGCUUAAUAGGAAGUUCUAUAAGGUUGAAAUCUUGAUAAGCAAAUACAGCAAAAUGUGGCAGAAAAGAGUUCAACCACAUGUUCGCCCACAGUCAGAGCUAUAUUUGGCUGUAUUUGUGAAUUGUUCUCUUAAAACAGGCUACUUUCAUCUCUUGGUGUUUAUUUGUUUAUUUUAUCUCAACAAUGGAGAUUUAAUCACACUUGAUACGCAUUUCUGAAUAUCUUUUUUACACUACGGAUUCUCACCCUGCCAAAUUACACAUUGUUAACUUGUACUUCAUCAAGACCCUACAAGUCCAAUAUUGGAUGGAGUAAAAAGUAGCUCUUCCAACUGAUGAUUGAGACUAUACAGUUAAUAAAAACAGUGACAGCAAGGAGGAAGCUAACCCUUCCCUUCUGGUUUUUUUUUUUUUUUUUUAAGAGCUUCAGUCUUUGUUGGUGUGGAUUUUUUUUUUUCCAAUUUUAUUCUUAAAGAAGAGCUCUACUCCAACCGUACAUCUCUGUUUACAUAACUGUAAAUUUUAAGGGAAUUUGAAAUCAAUUAUGAAUGGUGUAUUUUGUCAUUUCCUUAGAAUUUGUCUGUAAAAGGGAUUUUUUUACAUUAGUAGAAUUGUGCUGGUACACAGAUCCAAGGAAAAGGUUCUACAGUAGAAGUCUAUAUAGUGACAUCACCUCUUUUAAAAGCAAACUGUUUUCUGAGGGGGAUUAGAUUUUCAAGUUAGUGUCCUUGCCAUAAUUUCUUUAUUUAUCUUCUGCCCCAAAUACCUCUUGACCAUAAGUUUAAAGAUACUGUUUCUGUUGGGCAGAGAGAGAAACAAUGAGGGAGGAAAAAACACAGGUAGCCUGCUCAAAAGGUAUCACUUUGAAUCAAAAAAGCACUCAAAAUAUGAAGUUCCUACACUUCUAAGUAGUUAGAUUAAUGGAGUUUACUCUUGCAUUUCAAAAUGAAAACAGACCACCUGCAAGUCUUUGAGAGUAUGUUCAUUAUUCAUUUCAGGCACAAAGUAGCUAAAAAUGACAUUUCUAAAAGCACACUGUUCUGUUUACAGUACAUAGAUAAGACUAUUCUAGGCUUGAGCAUCUCCAUGUCAAAGCUUUGUUUCAGAGGGCACCUGCCUCUCCAUAGGUAUCUUAUUGUAUAUGUAGGUAUAUGUCUUACAUGGUCAUUAGCUUUGAGGUGCUAUGAGGUGCUGUGGUGUUUUGGCUGAUGGUUUUAGUUGCAGAAGAACAUAAUUGUUGUCUAAAGGAGCUGUGAAAUUGGCUUGAGAGUACGAUUUUGUCAUAAGAUGUAGCCUCAGUGAUCACUGACAAAUGGGUGGGUUCAAGUACCAACAGGAUUCUGAACUUAAAAUCUUAACUUGAGCGAGAACUUUUACACAUCCCAAGAGACCUGAUGUUUAGUGGACACAGAUGAUGCAUUAAAGUACAUGUAGUAGCCUGGGUUGGCUUGAUUAACAGUAUCUCAUUAAUGACUCAUAUGAACCUGAAAAGUGUGAAGUCAAGGGGGCAGUGUACUAAAGGUCAGGUUCUUAGUCUUAAAUUACUUAGUAAUGUUAUUUGUGUGUUCUGUUUACCUUGGCAAAAUUUAUCUGUUUAUGAGAAAAAUAUUAGUGCUAGGAGCAAUCUCAGAAGUGGGAGCAUGAUAGGAAACGUUUCUUGACCUGUGGAAGGGAAGAGAUUCUCUCUUCUUGCGCUGGAAAGACCGAGGCUUUCAAAAGGAAAUACUAUUAUUAUUAGAAUCUGACUUGAAACUUCUUCCACACUAUAAUCUGGAAUCUUAGUUGGCAUUCUCAGAGCUAUACUGUGGAAGUUCUGUGUUUUUGAACUUGGCAUCAUUAACAUUUAAGCAGGUGCCCUCAUAUACAUGUGUAGAGUUGCUAUUCAAGUCAGCACAAGUGAUGCAUUCUUGCAGGAUGACAAGAUUUUGUCCUAUAUAACUGAAUAGAGUUGCAUUGAAUUUUAGUACUUGGAAUAUGUUCUGAGAACUCUGAUUAGAGAUGGUGCUGAUAUUCUUACUGGUUUUGUAAAACACUGAUGGCUGUAGUGUAACUCAUAAGUGUGGGUUUUUGAAGUCUGCACCUCAUGGAAAUAUUCCCCCACACUUUUUUUUUUAAAUCCUGCUAGAAUAGUUACAUUUAGAAAUGUUUGCAGACCUGAAAACAAAACAGUGAAAUUGAAACAAGUAAUUUAUUUCUGUUUGAAGGAAAUGCAAACAGUAAGUUGUUAAAUUUGAGCUUUAAGUUUUUAGCAGUAACUAUAUAAAUUAUAUUAAAAAGGAAAAUAAUAUCUAAAUUGCUUUGAAGUGUCAAUGUCCUGAAGCCUCAUGCAUGAAUUGAUUGAAGAGGUACUUCUAAUAUACUGUAUUAAGUUCAAAACCGAUGUGAAGUUCUGAAACUAUGAUCUUUGCAGCAUACCUGUCUAACCACUUGGUGUUACUGCAGGGUACCAUUUGGGCACUGCUUGAAAGAAAAAGUGGCUUUAGGCCACUGGUAGCUAACGUCCUGAGCGCAGCUACUUUACAUAAGGCAUUUCAGCUGUUUUGUGUUUCAGAGAUCAAAGACUAAUAAAUUAGUCAGUGAACAUUCCUGCAGAGAAAAUGUGCAGCAGAAGCUGCAGAAUUCAAGGUUCUCACUCUCUGAAGUUUCUUCAAUUAUAAAAUCAAAUUGUACAUCUUUAAACAUCUUAAUGUAAAAUUCAGCUUCUUUCCUAAUUUUGUAGUAUGUAUCAUUUGAAUUUAUUCAUUUUGUUGACUGGAUUAGUCUUUGUAGAAAUUUGUACUAGAAACAAAGGGUUUUGAGGAACAAAUGUAAUUUAAAACUACAGAAUUUGGUAUAGAAGGAACCACAUUUUAAAGUGGUAAAUUCUCAGCUGCUAAAUACAGUUACUGUUAUUUCACUGACAUUGUUUGUCUUGUGUGUUACAGCUAUUGGAGAAACAUGAAGCAUUAAAGACAGCUACAAUAACUUGUAUGAAGUCAUUGGAAUGCAUUGUUAUAGCUGCUUUGAUUAAUAUUCUUAAUGUACUCAUGUCUGCAUAUUUGUGUUUUAUUGACUGCUUACAUAUUCUUUAUACAACAAAAUCCAUGUGUCAUUUAAAUAGGGGAUAAAGUAGCUUGUCAGUUUAUACUAUUUGAUGAAUUACCUUGUAUGUAAUUUGCUUUAAAACAAAUAAGCAAAGUGAUAAUAUAGUGAGAAAGCUUAGCUUUUUGUCUUAUAAUGAAAGUUUCUGGCAUUUCCAGUUUUAUUCUAGUGCUGCUUAGUUAGAAUGUGUAGCUAGACUUUAUGGAUGGGAGUGAUUUUUUUUUUCCUAAGUAGAUAGUUAAUGAAUUUUUUAAACAGUACUGUGUAAUAUUGAUGAACAGAAAGAAAGGGUUUUGGAAAGGUUUGUCUGCAUAACCAGACUCGAAAAGCAUACUUUUUUCAAGGACACAUAAUACACUGAGCAAAAUGUGAGUACCAGAGGAUAAUUUAAAUUGUGAGUUUUUAGAGAUUUGAUUAUUAAAUUUUUGGAGAAGUUGUUUA